CGCAGCCCCGCGCGCCUCAGCCAAUCGGCGGCGGCCGGCGUCGGGUGCACUCGGCCUCGCCCGUGGCCCGCCGGCGUCCGCUUGCUGCUCGCUCACUCCGUCGCCGCAGCCGCUGCCGAGCCUCCGUUCGCCGAUCGGAGAUCACUAGCGAUGGCAGAAGCCCACCAAGCGGUGGCCUUUCAGUUCACAGUCACUCCAGACGGGAUCGACCUGCGGCUGAGCCAUGAAGCCCUCAAGCAGAUCUAUCUGUCUGGACUUCAUUCCUGGAAAAAGAAGUUCAUCCGAUUCAAGAAUGGCAUCAUCACGGGCGUGUACCCGGCGAGCCCCUCCAGCUGGCUCAUCGUGGUCGUGGGGGUGAUGUCUACCAUGUAUGCCAAGGUCGACCCGUCGCUAGGGAUCAUUGCGAAGAUCAAUCGGACCCUUGACACCACCAGCUGCAUGUCCAGCCAGACGAAGAACGUGGUCAGCGGCGUCCUCUUUGGCACGGGGCUGUGGGUGGCCCUCAUUGUCGCCAUGCGCUACUCCCUGAAGCUGCUGCUCUCCUACCAUGGCUGGGUGUUCCUGCAGCACGGCCGGAUGAGCUGCGCCACCAGGCUCUGGAUGACUAUGGUCAAGAUCUUUUCAGGCCGGAAACCCAUGUUGUACAGCUUCCAGACGUCUCUGCCGCGCCUGCCUGUCCCAGCCGUCAAAGACACCGUGAACAGGUACCUGGAGUCGGUGAGGCCUCUGAUGAAGGAAGCUGACUUUAAGCGUAUGGCGGCUCUGGCACAAGACUUCGCUGUCAACCUGGGGCCCAGACUGCAGUGGUACCUGAAGUUAAAGUCCUGGUGGGCCACAAAUUACGUGAGUGACUGGUGGGAGGAGUACAUCUACCUCCGUGGACGAGGGCCACUGAUGGUCAACAGCAACUACUAUGCCAUGGAUUUGCUGUAUGUCACACCGACCCACAUUCAGGCAGCAAGAGCGGGUAAUGCCAUCCACGCCAUCCUGCUUUAUAGACGCCAGCUGGACCGAGAGGAAAUCAAACCAAUUCUACUUUUGGGAUCCACAAUUCCACUCUGCUCUGCUCAGUGGGAGCGGAUGUUCAACACCUGUCGGAUCCCAGGAGAGGAAACAGACACCAUCCAACACCUCCGGGACAGCAAGCACAUCGUCGUGCUGCACAAGGGCCGCUACUUCAAGGUCUGGCUGUACCACGACGGCAGGCUGCUGAGGCCCCGGGAAAUCGAGCAGCAGAUGCAGAGGAUCUUGGAUGACCCGUCAGAGCCUCAGCCUGGGGAGGCGAAGCUGGCAGCCCUCACUGCAGGAGACAGAGUGCCCUGGGCCAAGUGUCGCCAAACCUAUUUUGGACGUGGGAAAAACAAGCAGUCUCUCGAUGCGGUGGAAAAAGCGGCAUUCUUCGUGACACUGGAUGAAACCGAACAAGGGUAUCGAAAAGAAGAGCCGGACACAUCCAUGGACGGCUAUGCCAAGUCUCUCUUGCACGGCAGGUGCUUCGACAGGUGGUUCGACAAGUCGUUCACGUUUAUUGUCUUCAAAAACGGCAAAAUGGGCAUGAACGCAGAACACUCCUGGGCCGACGCGCCGAUCGUCGGCCACCUUUGGGAGUAUGUCAUGGCCACCGACUCGUUCCAGCUGGGUUAUAUGGAGGACGGACACUGUAAAGGCGACACCAAUCUGAGCAUUCCGUACCCUUCCCGGCUACAGUGGGACAUCCCAGAGGAAUGUCAGGAGGUGAUAGAGACUUCCCUGAACACUGCAAGCCUUCUGGCAAACGAUGUAGAUUUCCAUUCUUUCCCGUUCCACGCCUUUGGCAAAGGACUGAUCAAGAAAUGCCGGACAAGCCCAGAUGCUUUUGUCCAGCUCUCCCUGCAGCUGGCCCACUACAAGGACAUGGGCAAAUUUUGCCUCACAUACGAGGCCUCCAUGACCCGGCUCUUCCGUGAGGGGAGGACGGAGACAGUGCGUUCCUGUACCACUGAGUCGUGCAACUUCGUGCUGGCCAUGACGGACCCCAGCCAAACGGUUGAACAGAAGCUCAAGUUAUUCAAGAUCGCAUCCGAGAACCAUCAGCAUCUGUACCGCCUUGCGAUGACUGGCUCUGGGAUCGACCGCCACCUCUUCUGCCUUUAUGUGGUAUCCAAAUAUCUCGCUGUCGAUUCCCCUUUCCUGAAAGAGGUGUUGUCUGAGCCUUGGAGAUUAUCGACCAGCCAAACCCCUCAGCAGCAGGUGGAGCUGUUUGAUUUGGAACGGAAUCCGGAGUAUGUGUCCAGCGGAGGGGGCUUUGGACCGGUUGCUGACGAUGGCUAUGGAGUGUCAUAUAUUCUUGUGGGAGAGGAUCUCAUCAACUUCCACAUCUCCUCCAAGCUCUCCAGCCCCAAGACAGAUUCUCAUCGCUUUGGGAAGCACUUGAAAGAGGCGAUGUCUGACAUCAUCACCUUGUUUGGGUUCAGCCCCAAUUCCAAAAAGUAACUCCAUUAUCGCUGCCAUGGAGGAGAAUGAGCUCUUCUGGCAAAACUCAAAUGAAAAAUAGCUACUAAUCCUGAUUGCAGAUCAGGAGGAAAGACUGCUCUAAAAACUCAGACAUUUUCCUUCCAUCCAGGGUUUGGUGUUUUGUUUUUCUAGAACAGCAGGUUCUACCGUGUGAGGUAUGACCCUGCCAUUUCCAAGCAGGUCCUGACUUCGGACACAUCAGAUCAAGUCCCCCAAAAGUCUUUGCAUCGACUUGGGUUUGUUAUGGGAUUAAAAUAUUGUUGAGCUAAUUGGGGAAUUAGUAGGGUCGUGACUUCACACAUGUGGGAAAUGGAAGCGGCACGCUCCCUCAGUGACACCUGAACACCUGGUACUCACGGGCAUUUAAUUUUAUCACAGUAGUGUAAACACUUGUUUUCUUCAGAGAGAAAAGCGUUGUUCAAGUUGGAGAUGUUAGCAGUUAGUAGCUGGCACGCAGGUAGUGCACUAACUGAAGACGCCAUGCUUCUAAAAACAGUCUCUGUGCAGAACUGUCAUCAUCCAUUCGGUGGUCUGUGUUUGCCUCUUGUGUUUGAAGCAAGCCGUAUGCCACAUCUUUAGUCUUACUGACAUUGCAAGUCUUCAAACCCCAGUGCCUUAAAAUGGAAGGCCCUAAAUGUAAGUGAGAGUGGGUGAAAGAUUUAUUUUGUGAAGUCUUCAGGCGGAAUUGUGGGUGUCUUUCCCCCGUCUCAAUUUUCUGAGUGGAUAACCUUAAAUAUGCAUGUUCCUGUGUUUCCCCCGCCCCCAGGAAGCCUGGUUCUCUCAUGAAGGCAGCUGUGCCAGAUCAUGUGUGUCAGAAACGGGGAACAAGGGGUAUGAGGUCAAAUAGUAUCUGGAGUAGCCACUGAAGAAUAAAAUAUAUUAUGUGCCUCGGGAUUACUGCUUAUCCAUGACAGCCAGGAUAGCUGACAUGUGCUGCUGAGAAAAGAGAAAACUUGAGAACCUCAGAAUAGGAGAGUUCGGCGCCAGGAUGCCAACAGGCUGCUUUCUAAUCCCACCUGGUGAGAGGGAAGGCGAGAUGCAGGCAGAUGCAAACAGACUAAAACGUCACGAUGAGCACGAGGUUUGACAGCCUACCACUUAGAUGGGUGUCCGUCUAUCGAAAGUGUCUGACCAGAAAGCCAAUUAUGCACUGAGUCGUCUUCAGUAUUCAAAGUAAGCGUAAAGGAUCGUGGAAUAAAAUACUGCUUCUGGGCUGUAAUGACAAGCUUAGCUCUCCAUUUUUAAAAUUGUGUAUAUAGCUCUCUGACCACUUUGUUCUAAUUGGGUUGCCUCCCUGAGUUCUGUGCUCCAGUGAUGGGGCGACGAGGCUGAGCUGCUGGAGCGGGGCACUUGCCACAGGGCAUGGGCAGGUUUCAUUUCUGUAUCUGUUGUAAUGGAAAAAUCCCACCUACAUGGGCCAAAGAUUUUUUUUCCCCCCUUAAAAGCAGGAAGAAAUGAAAACGGACAGAAAAGCAAAGAUGAAAAUCAACAACUACAGUAAGAACCCCCCUCCCACUCCCCAUUUAUCUGUGGAACAUAGUCAAGGUGGUGUGGAGGGAGUAGCCCUCAGUGCCCCAGGCUGGCAUGACUCCCAAUCAAACCGGCAUCGAUCACCAUCAAGCCACCUAAAUCCUGCACUGUCGCUGACUGACCACUCUGUUACCUAGCAUUCAUACGUGAAUUUGAAUGUACACGUGUUAGCACACACAUUUGGGCUUGUCUCUCAGGUUUUAAAUCUUUCAAAAGUAAUUGUUGCUAAUCAGUGCAGUUAUCAAUGCAAUUUUAUAUUCCUCAAAAGAAGAAAGAGUGGGUUUUUGUUGUACAUGUUGAAAAGAAAAGGUAAGAGUAUUGUGUAUUUAAUUGCGAACAAGUCCUAGUCUUAACAGAGCUGUGGUUUGAAUUUGUUUUCUUGGACUUCCAUGGCAUGUAAAUACAAUAUGCUCUUUGGAUGUAAGUCUUAGAAAUGCAGUAUGAAUGUUAUCAUUAAUAAACACAUUAAUCCCAGUCUACUA